UCUCCGUUCGGUUCAGUUAUUCAUGCACAUCCUCGUUUUAGAGUUUACUAGCAGCUUUUGAGUGAUCGUUAAAGAAUACGAGCAACGUGAUUUGAUAGUAAUACAGACUCUACUAGUUAAAUAGAUAGGUGAAUACCUCUCUGCACUACCUUCCACCUUUCCUCUCCACUUCUGGUGUAUUUCACUUGUUAGCCUAUGUUCAUCUACUGGUGCUCAGGAAGAUUACUGCACAUGGAGGUUCUGUUGCUCUCCUGUUGGUCGAGAUACAGCAUUAUGAGGAUUACAUUAUAAGGCUUGCUAAUGCAUGUAGACACGUGUAGAGGAAAGAGUUUGUUUCAAGGCUCGUGGAGUGUGCAGGAAAUUUUAUGGCAGAGAGCUUAUGAAGAAAUAUGUUAUUUCAAGACUUUUGUCGAUUUUUUCAUACUACCGGACGUUGGAGAGCCAUUAACAAAUCUGCUUUGGCAAAACUACGGAAAACAACUGGAUAUUCUUUCACAAAUUGUAAGAAAGCUUUGGAUAAAUUUGAAGGAAAUAUUGAGAAGGCUGAGGAGUGGCUUCGUACUCAGGCUCAGGAACAAGGUUGGGCAAAGGCAGCUCAUGUUCAAGGUCGUAAAACUGUGCAUGGCCUUAUAGGCAUACAUACCAUCAAUAACAUGGCUGCAAUAGUUGAGGUAAACUGUGAGACUGACUUUGUGGCAAAGAAUAUUCAAUUUCAGGAAUUGGUGAAAACUGUAACAACAACCUGUUUACACCAUACUUGGAUGAAAGAACCAUACAGUGAAUACCUAUCAAAGUUAAACCUAUCGCCUACUGAAUUAGGAACAUUUCACAGUUCUUGUGGGAAAUCUUUAUUGGAAAGUAUAGCUCUGACUAUUGGUCAUCUUGGAGAGAAUAUUGUGAUUAAAAGAGCAGUUUGUAUGAAAAGCCAAAAUGAUGUGGUCAUUGCUGGCUACACUCAUCCAAUCAUUGACCCAAUUUAUCAGGCAGAUGUUGCCAUGAUAGGAAAAUACGGGACUUUAGUAGCAGUCCGUCAAACCUCAGAACCAGCACUGUACAAAAAACAGAUAUCUCUAGAACAGCUUGGUCGAGACUUAUGUCAGCACAUUAUUGGUAUGAAUCCUCUAAAUAUAGGCCAGCAAGGGGAGUCACCAUCAUCUGACCCUGAAGCUGAAACUCGAAUGCUACAACAGGAGUUUCUUUUGGAUCCUCAAUUGUUGGUAGCUGACUUGCUGUUCCAGGCUGGAGCAGAGGUUUUGGAUUUUGUACGGUUUGAAUGUGGAGAAGCAGCUUUAGAAAAAGACUAGAACAUUUUAAGUUAUAAUCUUGUCAUCAAGACUUACUGAAAUGGUAUUGUCAUAUUAUAGAAAAUUAAAAAAUGUUAUUGUUGUAAGAGUGAGUGAU